AUGCCGUCUGACAUCCCAAUCUACACGCAGAGCUCCAACUUUGGUAGUCUUCUGGAGAAAGGUGUGGACCCUCGAACCGGUCAAUAUACCUGCGCAAUCGACGUGUGGGGAGCCCCCGAAGAGGCUCGAAACUGUCCCUCGUUGAAAUUGACCUUGAGCUUCAGCCCCAUGAAUUUCUUCAAUUUUGGUCUGGGAAAAGGGUGGUCUUUCAACCUCACGAACUAUGACAAUGAGAGUAAAACGCUCUAUCUCUCCACUGGCGAGCAUUUCAAGGUUAUCGAAUUGGCCGGGAGCGUGUCCGUGCCCGAUCAGAAGCUGAAGAGUUUCAAGUUUACGAAAGUCCAGAAGGAAGAGAAUGGCAGAACAGUCACAUCUUACCAGGUGGUGUAUAAGUCGGGACAGGUCGAAAUCCUCAAGAAUAGCAGUGGUAUCUUUGACCGAUUCGUCCCCUUCCAGAUAGUCGCCCCCAAUGGACGCCAUCUGAGACUAGCUUGGGAAGUCCUUAAACCGACUGGGUACCCUCUGUUGACCAAGAUCAAGGAUGAUUCUCAGGAUUUGCUUGAGGUUGACUAUAAGUCAAUCGUGAAGAAGAUUAUUCGGUUUCCGAACACCCCGGAAAAAAGCACCCUCUCCCUUGAAGUGAGAGACAACUACCUCAAGAAGCUGGUAUUGCCUCUGGCCAGCGCACCUUCAUGGACCUUCGACUAUGUGCUGUAUGGUCCAUCAUUGUGUAUCACCAAAACCACCAGUCCCAGUGGCCUACAGGAGCAACUGGAGUACAAGUCAGACGGACACAGACUACCCCCCAAAGCGCCUUACCGUUACAUCCCCCAUGUUGAAUGGCAUACAGUCUGGCCGGGCAAUUUCCAACCUAAGAUAAAGACCAAGUACGAGUUUUCUCCACGGGACGGACACAAUCUCUAUGGUUACAAUGCAGGUUUGGAGUGGAAUGACGGCGAAGACAACUUGUAUCGUACUCGAGACGAGUACACAUAUAAUUCCAUUGUCACGAUUCAAGGAGGUACCAAGACAACGAACACAUACAAUCAUUUUCAUCUUUUGGUCAGCUCGCAGCAGGAGAAGGGCUCCUGCGUCACAACAGAGUCCAUUUCCUACCACACCAAGCCCUACGAGAAGUUCGAAAAGCAACCUGCGUAUUGUCAGUUGCCACAUACGAUCACCAAAAUGUACAAGGACAACAGUGGCCGCUCUCCUCGUUCCGAGACGACUAAGCAGACAUACGACGAAUGGGGCAACCCAACCCUAGAGAUCCGACCGGACGGCGCAGAGAUUCACCGCACAUAUUACCCAGAAGAAGGAGAGGACACUUCAGAUUCAAACAACCUGGGCUGUCCUCGCGAUCCUCACGGGUUCCGGCGAUAUAUGAAGACAGAAACUGUUGUGCCUGGGCCCAGUGAUUAUCCGGCAUCGACGCGCACGGAGAAGUACCGAUAUGUCAAAAUACCCACAGCCCAUGGCGCAGAAGCUGCAUACUUUGUGGGUGCUCAGCAGCACAUAACCUCUACCGGCAACCACGUUCUUUCCAGGACGACGUUCGCAUACCUAGACAGCCCUACAGCGACCUACCACGGUUGUCUUGAACAACAGGUGACAUCUCACUUGGACAAGUCUCCGACCACCAAAAAACUGAGCUACUGUCGAAAUGGCGAUCUGAUGACUCUAAAAGCAUGCACCACAACCUUUGACGGUUCUGUGGUUGAGGAGGAGACGGUUUACUCCGCGUUGCACGGGUUAACCAUGGCACACAAAGAUCAAGCCGGAGUGGAGGACUGCUUCCUGUAUAAUACGCUGGGACAGAUUACCAAGGCAACCACAUCUGCAGGCACACCGCAGGAAGCAGUACGACAAUGGGAGUACGCAGUCCUUGAGCAAAACUACGGCACGGAAACCAUAGUUACUGAUGCGAAGGGGGUGAAAACCCGCUAUGUCACCGACGGACUGGAGAGACCCUGUCGCACUGAAAAACAGGACCAUGACGGGGAAGCAUAUGCUGCAGGUAACACCUCGGCAGAGUUCCAACUUGUCGAAAAGCGCAACUAUGAUGCUCAAGGCCAAUGCAUCGAGGUUACCGAGGUUGACUGGUUGCGGGGCGAGAACGGGCAGCUCACGCCCCAGGAGACUAGCAAAAAGCUCGAGUAUGACAAUUGGGGAGGGGUCUGCAAGACAACGGAGAAGUCUGGCCUGGUCACUAUAUCGAAAUCCGACCCAGUCGAUCUCACCGAAACUACAGGGAUUGAAGGGGAAGGAUAUACGAAAACCUACCAUGACGUUUCCGGUAACCCAACAAUGAUACAUCUAUGCAAAACAGACAAGACCCUUUACAGCUCUAUCAAAUACCGGUAUGACGGCUUGGGGCGUCUGGUCGAAGAAGAGGACCAGGUUGGCCGAAUCAUCAAGUAUGAGUCCGACAGCUUUGACCGGAUCACCAAGACGACGUGGUCGGAUUCUCGAACAGUGACAGCCGACUAUGCAGAACAUGGCGAGGCUGCAUUGCCGGCGAAAGUCAGCCUCAACGGCGUCACCAUUGGAGGGCAGUCCUUCGAUGGGCUAGGGCGCGUUAUGCAUCGGAAGGUCGGUCCACGCACCACCCGGCAGAUCUACGAGGGCCACGCACCCGAGCCAAAACAGAUCACGAAUGCAAAAGGUCAGGGAUGUGAGAUUACCUCUGAGCCCGCACUGCAGUAUGCCCCCAAGAGCCUGACAACCAGCGGUGCAAACUCCGACAUUUACGAAUAUGAUCCUCAGACUGCUUUGCCAAUCAAAAUGAAGGGAUCAUACAGUACGCAGAUCCGAGAAUACACACCCUCGUCUCUCCUCAAGAAAGAGACCAUUCAAGUAAAAGGGGGAGAGUCAUUUUCGUCUGAAUAUCAGUAUUCGAUGGCAGGUCUACUGCAGCACUAUGUCAAUCCUCACCAACAAAGGCAGUCGAUCGAGUACGACGCCUGCGGUAGACCGGCAUCUUUGAUUCAAAGCAAGAUCAGAGUUUCGUUCACAUAUUGCAACAGAUCAGGUCGACUGUCUGAGUACAAUGUUGAGGAUCAGGAGGAUGGUGUCAAAUUAACAUUUCUGUUGAGCUAUGAUGAAUUUGGCCGCGAGACUAAGCGGAUUGUCAAGAAAGGAGAACGGAUCAUGUAUUCUCUCAGUCAGACAUAUGGCGAAACGAGUCUUGUCGCUACGCGGGCCCUGGAGGAUAAUGAUGGCGUCACUAUUCGGAACGAAAAGUUCACAUAUGACAAUCGGAACCGCCUGAAAAGGUACGAGUGCGAUGGGAGCCAAGCUCCAGUUGAUCAGCAAGGAAACCAAAUCAAGGAACAUACCUUUGGUUUUGACGAAUACGAUAACAUUGUCAAACAGACAACAACUUUCCACAAUCAGGAUUGUAACACAGCAAGCUAUACCUUCAGCAAAGAUGAUCCCACUCAGCUGAUUUCGAUCACCAACACAAACAACGCCUAUCCUGCAAGUGUUGUUCUCGAGUACGACGCCAACGGGAGUCUGACCAGGGAUGAGCAGGGCCGGAAAUUAGAGUAUGACAGCUUAGGUCGCUUGAUCAGAGUGCGCGCUGCGAACGACAAGCAGCUUUGCGAGUACCACUACGAUGCAUCCGGAAAGCUGGCUUGCCAAAGUGUGCCAGACCAGCCAGACACCAGCCUCUUCUACCGGGAGGACUCCCUCAUUGCCACCAAGAGCGGCGACCGUCGCGUCAGCUAUGUCUCUGACGGAAAGGCCUACUGGGGCCAAAUCGUCCAAAACGAUGGAUCCGACAAACCGCAAAACAACCUGUGGGCAUCUGACAGCUGUGGAUCUAUCCUCGCUUGGCUGGACAGUCAUAAGCCAGAAGACGUGCAUUCCCAAUCAUACACGCCCUACGGAUUCGGCGGCGAGUCAGACAUAGCCUUCAACGGACAAUGGAAAGACCCCGUUACCGGAUGGUAUCACUUAGGAAACGGCUACCGUGUUUACAACCCGGCUCUGAUGCGCUUCCACGCGGCAGAUCCGUGGAGCCCCUUCACCUCGGGGGAAGUCAACCCCUACACCUACUGCCUCGGAGACCCCGUCAAUCGCGCAGACCCGAGCGGCCAUUUCAGCCUGUUUGGCGUCAACUUUGGCUGGAAACGGCUCAUUACUGCCGUCAUUGGGAUCGCAGCUAGCAUCGCCGUUGGGGUCCUCACGGGCGGCGCGAGCCUAGCCGUCCAGGUUGCUCUGGGGGCUCUGGCGGGUGCUAUAACUGCGCCGAUCGCAGGAGCCCUGGGCGAUCUGGCAGAAGGCCGGAACCCGACGUGGAGCAGCGUCGGGAAGGACGCUCUCGUUGGGUUGGUGGGUGGCGCUAUCGGACCUGCGCUAGGAAAGUUCGCUCGUCCUUAUAUGGAUAAAUAUCUUGGAUUCCUCACGAAGUCUGGCAGUUAUAGUGUUACCAGGAGUGUCAAUAAUUCCGUCUGGAGACUGGGUCUGCAGAAACACAUUGCAGGCUACGGCAUGAAGGAUAUUGUGAAUACGGCAGCCAAAAGUACCGUGGUAUCUUUCGUGACGAAGCAACCCUUGGCUAUAGGAUACGAGGUCUUUGACGCGAAUGUUCUGCACAAGGACAAACCACAGACAGCCCCACAAUCCAGCUCGGGGGCGCCUCGAGCAGCGCAGGUUGAUGUACCAUAUGCCAGAACAGGAUCUGCCCUCCCGAGGGAUAGCAUCCGGCCUCUGCUCAAGGAGGGAAGCAAUGUCUUCUCUGGCUAUUCUUUGCAGGCCACCGGUUCCGCCACGUCGCCCGGUGGGCAAUCUAUUGCUGAAUCUUUGAACUUGAGUUACAGGUGUUCAUACGGUCUGUCGCGGAAAGGCCAAGGGGAUUCUGGUGGUUCUGGUGGGUAUGGGAGUCUUAGGGGCACUUUGCGCGCUUCUCCUGGUCAGCAGCAUUAGGUAUCUUGCU